ACCUUUCGAACUUACUUUUUUUUGACGCAAUUUGCUACGCCAAUUUUACAUUUACGAGUUUUCAAACUUUUAUUUUGCUUAACUUAGUUUAAUAAAUAAGUCUUCAAUAGUAAAAACGUUGUUCGACAAUUUGUUACUUAAUAAUAAUAGUCACGUAAAAUUACAGAAUGCGCGUGCAGCAAGGCCUUUUGUGCCUGUCGGUUUUCUUCUUGGUCCUACUGAUAGAUGUUUCGUUGUCACAGCAAGCAGGAAGAAUAUUACCAGAUUGGCCGAGAAUCGGAGAUCGUAUAACGCAACCAUUUCUUGAUCAACUUAUGGUCAGUCAACUACUUGAACAAAACCUAACACUUGGUUUUUUCUUAAAAGGAUUAAAUGGUCCACCUGGACCACCUGGUCCACCUGGUCCAGCUGGAGAGCCAGGACCACCUGGUUUGCCUGGAGCCCCUGGAGCUCCUGGUCAUGUUGGAGAAGAUGGUGCCCCUGGUCCAAUGGGUCCACCUGGUCAACCUGGACUUCCAGGUCCUCCUGGAUAUCCUGGAGAAAAAGGAGAUCCUGGUAUGACUGGACUUCCUGGAGCAGCAGGAUUGCCUGGUGCACCUGGUUUACCAGGUCCGCAAGGUCCUUCUGGUGAUUCAGCACCCGAAGCUAUCAUGCCCAACUUCACUGUCAUUUGCGAGGGAGAGAAAGGAUGGCUACAAUGUAAACAAUAUGAGUUAAUCAAAGUUAAAAAUGCGUUCUGGGGUCGAGACGAUCAAAUAACGUGCCCCAAAGUACCAGCUGGUCUAGACAAUGCUCGUCUUUGUGAUACAAACCCUGAAAAUACUAUUGCAAAAGUAAAUGGGCAAUGUAAAAACGAACAAGCAUGUGAGGUUGUAGCUUCAAAUAUCUUUUUUGACGAUAAUAGUUGCGGUAAUGUGUAUAAAUAUCUUAAAAUAUGGUACGAAUGCAUACCCGAUGAGUCUAAUGCUGUUGAUGUAUUAAGAGAAGGAGGAAGAAGAAAGAAAAAGAGAGCAGCCAAAGAAAAAAGAUCAUUUAGAGAUAGUAACUCUCAGCAAAGAAUUUUGCCUGACUGGCCGAGAGUUGGUGAUCGAAUAACUCAGCCGUUCAUUGAUCAACUUAUGGUCAGUCAACUGUUAGAGCAGAAUCUAACACUUGGAUUUUUCUUAAAAGGUCUUAACGGACCACCUGGGCCUCCAGGUCCACCAGGUCCUGCUGGAGAACCUGGGCCACCUGGGUUACCUGGUGCGCCUGGAGCACCCGGUCAUGUGGGAGAAGACGGAGCUCCUGGACCACAGGGACCACCAGGACCACAAGGUUUUAUGGGAGCCCCUGGUUUUCCUGGAGAAAAAGGAGAUCCUGGAAUGGCAGGUUUACCAGGAGCAGCUGGUUUGCCUGGUGCACCUGGUUUACCUGGUGUGCAAGGUCCAUCUGGAGAAAGUGUAGCAACAAGAGAUACAAUUUCACCAGAUUCUGCACAAGUAACAUGCGAAGGAGAAAAGACGUUUAUUGAAUGCAAACCUUAUGAAGUAAUUACUAUUAAAAGUGUCAUGUGGGGUCGAGAUGACUAUACUACUUGUCCAAGUGUACCAGCAGGAUUAACAUCUCAAAUUUUAUGUGAGACUAAUCAAGAAGCUGUUAAAAAGAAAGUUGAAGAAAGUUGUAAAAAUCAACAGGCAUGCGAAAUAUCGGCGUCAAACAUCUUCUUUGAUGAUAACACUUGCGGUAAUGUUUACAAAUACUUAAGAAUUGGUCACGAGUGUCAACCUGAUACUGCAAAUGCCGUCGAUGUCUUACUUGAAGGAGGAAAACGCAGAAAGCGAAAGCGAUCUCCAAAAGAAAAAAGAUCAUUUCGCGAUAGUUAAUUUUGUUACUUAAAGCACCAACAUUUUGCUUCAAAUUUUGCUUCGUUUAGUAAGCUACUUUUCAAAUGAAAACGAGGCUAACAAAUUUCAAGAAUUAUCGUAAUCUACGUACGCCCCAAAAUGCCAAGCUAUUUUUUUGAUGUCUGGAAAACGAUACUUCUUUUUGCUUGAGUUUUCUCCUAGAAAGUUUUACAUAUGUUUUAUUAGUUAUAAAGAACCGACAUGGUUUUCUUUGUUAGGGGGAGAUUUUAUCACUUCAACACUUUAAUAAUAUUAUCAUCAAACACUUGUUUUUAUUUUUCUAUAUAUUUUUAUACAGAAAAAUAAUAUUUUCAUGAUAAAUUCCAAUGUUCAAAUGACUUGGUCAUGCAUGGAUAUUUUUAAUUUUUUUGUAUUGAUAAAUAAUAAUAGUGAAAUAUAAUUUGUUUAUAUAA